GACAGAAUGCAAUCAAGGUCACAUUUUCCAAUUUUUUAAUGAGUUAACACCCACUGAAAGAUCAAUGUUGAUUCAACAGGCUUCUAGCAUCGAUCCAAAGCUCGUUAAUCAGGUUUAUACCGAAGCGUGUCAAAAAAACAACAAAUCCUCUCAAUGUCUGAUUCAGAUUGCACCAUUUCGUGAUGUUGUAGACUUAGACCAAGUCAGCCAUGAUGAAAAAGCACAUUGGGAAGAUAUUGGCUAUAAUUUGAUCGCUGAGGGAAGAGUGGCCGCCUUACUCAUGGCUGGAGGUCAAGUCUCUAUUUGAACUUCAGGCUGAUAGAAUAUGGAGACUUCAAAAACUUGCUGCUGAAAGAGUAAAAAAUCCCAAAUUAUCCUGCGUCAUUCCCUGGUAUAUUAUGACAAGUUCUGCAACUGAAUGCAGUACAAAGCAGUUUUUUGAGUUACACAAUUAUUUUGGACUGGACAAGAAAAACAUCUUUUUUUUUAAUCAGGGCUAUUUUCCUUGUUGUUUUGAAGAUGGACGAGUAAUGAUGCAAAGUAAAUACCAGAUUGCAUGUGCGCCUAAUGGAAACGGUGGUCUUUGGGAGGCUUUAGAGCCAUCAGGUGUUUUACAAGAUAUGGAACGGCGUAAAAUUCGAGUUGUCUCAAGUUAUUGUGUAGACAAUGUACUGGCGAAAGUCGCAGAUCCUAUUUUUGCUGGAUUUUUAGAAGACAAACAAUGUGACGUGUCUUGUAAAGUUAUAGAGAAGAAACCUGAAGAACGCGUAGGCGUUUUCUGCCUGCUCAACAAUAGCCCUGCUGUCAUUGAAUACUCUGAGAUAGAUCAGUUUGAUAUGAAACCAGGAUUGCUGAAAGAUGUAUCAAACACAAAACAAUCUAUAAAUUCGUUAUUUAAUAUUGCCCAUAUUGUACUGAAUAAUUUUAGCUUUGAUUUCGUUCAGCGCAUGUCCAAGAUUCAUCAAAGAUGUCCAUCUCAGUUUCAUCUGGCAAAGAAAUGCAUCCCCCAUAUUGAUUCAAAUGGUAAGUUGGUUGCAGACAAGAUGGGACUGAAGUUCGAACGUUUUGUGUUUGAUGUUUUUCCCUUGGCCAACAAAUUGUGUGCUCUAAAAGUUCGACGGAAUGAGGAAUUUUCACCUCUUAAAAACAGCGUAGAAUAUUCUUUCGAUAAUUCAAUCACUUGCCGUCUUCACUUGAGCCAGUUAUGCAAGGAAUACAUUAAACGUGCUGGGGGGAGAUUCGAAACUGAAGACCCUAAUGCAUUGUGCGAAAUAUCACCAAGGGUUACCUAUAGUGGAGAAGGUUUAGAACAACUGGUUUCUGGCAAAACCAUCGAACUUCCAUGCUAUAUUCAUUGAAAACGAGUAUAGCAACUCUUUUGAUACCACUCGUAAAUAAGCUAUAAUGUGUGUGGUCCAUGAAUCAGGUAGCGCUGAACCACUCUCUACAAGUACAAUCCAUCCAACCCGAGGUUUAUUGUCAACAUAAUUUUGUUGCAGAUUUUUGUCAUUUUUUUUCUCUAU